UUGACUUUUUAUUCAAAAAUAAUGGUAUAUCAUUCAUAUUAUUCCAUUAUAGAACAGCAAAUUAAGUGGAAAGAUUAAAAAGCCUCCAGUUGUUGAAGAAAUAUAAAGUAACUUCAUUAAUUUGAAUAUAGGUAAACCAAGAACAGAAGAAUAGAUAUAAAGUAUUGUAAAAAAUGUUAGGAAUGGAGAUGUAUCUAAUCCAGAAGUUGUCCUAUUAGGAGAAGCUGAAUUAUAAAGAAUGAAGGUAUUAGUUGUAUUUUCUAAUUUUCCAGAACAAUGCUAUCAUAACAACCAAAGAGGAAUAAUUAUACUAAAAGAAAUUGCUUGAAGAAUAAAAAGAGAAGUAGAUGGCUGCAGCAAAAGCCAAAAAGUAGAAAAUGUUACAAAUGGAAGAAGAAAAGAAAAAAUAAGUACCUUUAUCAACAUAAUAAGAAGAAGAUAAGGUAGUUAAAGAUUCACUACUUGCAAGAGUAAAAUUAUGAAUUUUAUUAUUGGAUAGGCAGCAGAAAUAAUGAAUGAAUAGAUGGAUGAUGUAAAAGAAAUGAAUAAAAUGGUUAUGUAUGCAAAAUGUGUAACUGUUCGAGAUAAGCAAUUAUAAGAGAAAAAAGAACUUCAUGAAUAAUAUAAAACAUAAGAGAAACGUAAAGAUUUGAUGAUGGAAAUUGAAAGACUUAAAUCUAUAAAAUAUCAUGAAGAAAAAGAUAAAUAAAGAAAAGUUGAAUAAAAGCAUGGUCACGAUAUUAUUAUAGAAUAAAUUAAAGAAAGAGAACUUAUAAGAUUAAAAGAUAAAGAAGAAUAAGAAAGAGAAGGAUAAGUUAUGCUUAAAUAAAUUAAAUAAUUGUAAUAGGAAGAAUAAUAGAAGGCUAUGCAAAAGAAGAUAUCUUAAUAAAAAGUUUAAGAAGAAAUAUUAGAAGCUAAUGAUAGAGCAAUUUUGGUUAAAGAGAAAAGAAAGUUAGAAGAAAGAGAAGAGGAAGAAAUGAUAGUCAAAUAUAAUUUAUAGAAAGCAUAGAAGGAAGCAGAAUUAUAGGAAGAAUAAAGAAGAAUCAAAGAAGAAAAAGAAAGAGAAGUUUAAAGAUUAAGAGAAAUGCAAGAAAAAGCAUAAGAUAGAUAGGCAGAAUUAGAUGUAUUAAGAGCUAAAAGAGCUAUGGAAUAAAAUGAAAGAUAAGCAAGAGAAAAGGAAAGAAGAGAGGCAGAAUUGAAAAUGAAAUUAAAUCAUGAAGUAUAAGAAGCUAGGAAAUUAUAAUAAUCAGAAAAAUAAGAGAGAUUAGAAGAAUAAGUAUAUAUAUAUCUUUAAUUAAUCUUUUAUUAGGCUAGAUUAGAAAGAGAUGAAUUUUAAAGAGUUAUAUAAAAAUAAAAAUAAGAAAGAGAGAACGAAUUAAAAUUACAUCAUGAAAAGGAAGCAUUAAUAAAAAAACAUGCUGAUGAACUUAGAAAAUAGAUAUCUCUUAAUGAAGAAAAAAGAAAAUAAGAAGAAAGAGACAAGUAUAUAUAAUUUAUUAUAUAUUUUAUAGAUUAGAAGAAGGUAAAAAAAUAAGAGAUAAAAUGUUAAAUGAAAAGAAAUUAUUGGAAAAUAUCAAAGAAACUAAAAUAAAGACAUUAAAUGACAACUUAAUACCAGAUAAAUAUAAAGCGGAAUUAGCUCGUAAGAAAAUUAAUAUAUUAAUUUGA